GUCGCUAUUUAAAAGUUGGGCUCGAGAAGAAGCAUAUGAUUGGUUUGCAGCCUGAAGCUGCAAACCAAUCAGACAACGGCUUUUAUAUCGGUCGAAAACAAAACUAAACAGUAAACACGCAUGGCGAAGGCAUUAUGGUGUAAAAUUUGUGGCCAAUUAGUACAAGACAGAUACCGUCGAUUGAUUUUCGGGAGUUCGUUUUGCUUGAAGAAACAAUCAGACGAGGAUUUGGGGUAUGAUCCGAAUGAAAAUGAUGGAUUGUCGAACGCCCACCGGGUCAAACGGGGUCAAUGUGGAGUUUUGGCGGAAAUUUAAACCAUUAAAAAAAGUGGCGCCUAAAAAGAACAACAUUGAACACACAGUGAUGACGGAUCCAAAUUCUUGCACUGAAGAAGGGAAUCGUGUGAACGGAAUCAGUCAUGAGGGCUCCAAAUCGGAAAGGCACGACGAGGAACUUUAUUUAGAAGCAGUGCAGCAAGUUAUUGACCGUGGUUAUAGGAAAAGCAACAGGACGGGCAUCGAUACUUUGUCCAUAUUUGGGAUGCAAAUGAGGUACAAUCUCCGUGAGUCUUUCCCACUUCUGACAACAAAGCGAGUAUUCUGGCGCGGCGUGGCGGAGGAACUGUUGUGGUUUGUGCAGGGCUGUACUAAUGGUCGGAAACUCAGCGAAAAAGGCAUUCACAUCUGGGACGCCAACGGAUCUCGUCAAUUUCUGGACAACCUUGGUCUAACACAUCGUGAAGAGGGAGAUCUGGGACCGGUGUAUGGUUUCCAGUGGCGCCACUUCGGGGCAGAGUAUAAGGACAUGCACGCUGAUUACACUGGUCAGGGUGUGGACCAACUGAAAGAGGUGAUUGAGAAGAUAAAGAACAACCCCGAUGACCGACGUAUCAUCAUGUCGGCCUGGAACCCAUGCGAUCUGAACAAGAUGGCGCUUCCUCCUUGCCACGCGUUUGUCCAGUUCUAUGUCUGUAAUGGAGAGCUUUCCUGUCAGCUGUACCAGAGGUCCGGUGACAUUGGUCUGGGUGUCCCUUUCAAUAUCGCCAGUUACUCCCUAUUGACUUACAUGAUCGCCCAUGUCACUGGACUAAAGCCGGGUGAUUUUGUCCACACUUUAGGGGAUGCACAUGUCUAUGUCAACCAUCUAGAGCCGCUCAAGAUUCAGCUUCAAAGAAAACCCAAACCGUUUCCUAAAUUAGUGAUCAAAAGACAAGUAGCGGACAUUGAUGACUUCAAGUUUGAAGACUUUGAAAUUGUGGGGUAUAAUCCUCAUCCUAAAAUCGCCAUGGAAAUGGCUGUAUAAUGCUGAUUUGUCCAGCAUUGUAAUCAUCUAAGUAUUUUAUUCUAGAGAGCACUUUACUUUUCCUUACCACUACAUGUGUGUGUAGGGGAGGCUACUGUGCAGAAAUGUGCUCCAAAUAUGUGUUCUUGAUUCAAGGUCAUCAUCAGCUUGUGCAAUGUUUGAGAUUGUGUUCAUGUGCUAAGAAUUUCUGUAGUCAAUAAUGUGUUCAGUAUACUAGUGAUGUAAUAUGUAUAUGUAUAAUCUUAUGAAAUCUCUUGGAGUGAAAGAACAAAAACAGAGUACUGGUAUUGAUUUAUUUACAUCCUUGAAGACAAAACUAUCAGAAGGCUUGAAUGUGUGAGAGGUUCAAGGUCUAAGUGUGCUAUAUUGCCUUAUUUAGAGGUUUUUUUUGCCUUUGUAAAUUCAGUCUGAUCUCAAGAAAUUGAUAUUAAAUUCAGAAUUUGCA